AUGUUCAGUACGUGUUCGUCAAUUCGAAAAAGGCAUUCCAGGUCAUCACAACUACAGUGAAAAUUUUCCAGCUGGAAUGUUUCCCUCGUCUUUUUCACACGAACUAAAAGAAGGGGAAAUGAUUUCCAUAAAAUUGACAGUUACUGUUCCUAUUGGAUGUUUUGACAUAAAUCGUCAAAAGAACUGUAAAACAAGUAUUUUCCUACAAACUCCAGAAUACCGUUCUUCAACUAACUCAUGCAAGCCUCUUAGUAACCAAGGUGACUUAGCAUUUGACGAAAAGGGAUGUGGUAUUGUUAUCGAAAGCUCUACCUGGUGGGAAGAGAAGAUUCUUAAUGUUACCGGCAAAUCAGACAGGUUAAUUAAUUAUCCCAAAGAUAGAAACUUAAAUAUCAAGCUAGGUUCUAAAACGAAUAGUCCAGAGGAUCCAUCGAAAGUCUGGUACAACUUUACCAUGCCUGAUAUAAAGAUUCGUCUAUAUGACAAGGACGACCAUAUGAUAAACAAACUGUGCUCUGCAGAUACAGAUCCCAGAAUGAAAACGUUUGACGGGAAAUCAUGGACGGCGUCUUUGGCAGGAGAAUUUGUCAUGUACAGAGAUACAAAAAGGAGAAUAGCUGUCCAUGCUCUUUUUUCAUCUUGCCAGUGGGGUGGACAAGGACAUUGUGGUUGCGGAAUUGCUGUUAGAGUAGAAAACUCUCUGUUUGCUUAUCGUACUUGCGAGAGAAUAUCCAAUCACUAUAGUAAACCUCUAAUCCAUCAUGAUACUGUGUAUCAUAUUUGUGACGAUCGCCAUAUGGUAGUAGAUAUUGGAAACCAAUAUUCAUCGAUAACUCUUCCUAAUGGAGCUCAAGUAAAGUAUAGAAUAGGGCGGAAUUGGCUUUAUGAAAUCCACGUUACACCUUCCAUCUUUGACGAGGGCAAUGUUGAGGGGUUAUGUGGAAACCCAAAUAAUGACAGUUCUGACGAUUUCAACCUUCAAGAGUCGGGAAAAUCAACUUUAAACUCAAGUGUCUUUCAAGCAAGUUGGAGGGUUGAUAUAAAUUCUACGGAGAGCCUCUUUGGUCCCAAUGCAGUGUUCAACAAUAAUAGUUUUGAGUUGCCACGAUAUUGUGACUGUGCUGAAGAAAUUAAAGACAAUGAAAACAGCAUUUCUAAAUACCACACUGCAAAAUGUUCUGUUGCUUCAUCAGCUAUCAUGUGUUCCCAAACAACUCCAAAUAGUUUGACAUCAACGUGCACACACUACCAAAAUCGAUAUAAACGGAAUUCUAUUAAAAUGGAUUUUAAACGUCUUGUCCAAAAAAGAAGUGCCGAAAGUGAUGAAGUCAUCGAAAUUAUGCCCUUGACCAUUGAUCCGAGUUUUGAUCCAGACUUUAUUCCUCCUACUCCCUCAUGGAAGAAUGGUUGGAAUGAAUUAACAGCUCGCAAACACUGUGAAAAUAUCAUUCUCAACAACCCGGCUCGGAUAAGUUGUCAGAACUACAUUCCAAUGAAAGAAAGUACUGAUAUAUCGAUAGAACAAUGUGUCUUGGAUAUAAGGGACAGUGGGUCGACAGAGUUUUCAAAAUACACUUUGGAAUCUUUAAACCACUUUUGUUUAGACCAAAUAAAAAGAUACGAAAAAUAUCACGCGAAGAAUGGUUUUAAAAGAGUUUCCGUGGUAGAUGCAAUAGGAAAACUUGUUUGUCCUAAUGAUUGCUCUUCUCGUGGUGUCUGCAAUAAAGGACAGUGCAAGUGUAGAGCUCCAUACAUUGGUGUCGACUGUUCACUAACUGCCUCAACACCGCCAACCAGUGUUACCUUACCAGAAAACGGAUUAUGUAAAACAAGCAAACGUGCAUGCAAGAAAACAAACAUCUUCGGUUUUUUUCAUUCAGAAGUUGUAUACGCCAAAUUAGAGGAAUUUGAAAUAACAGAUCUGGGAAAGACAGACAGGCUUUCAACUGCAACCCUCAAAACAACGCAUAUUACCCCAACUAUUUUGCGAAUCAACUUGCCGACCAUUAACCUUAGAAGACGUUCCUCAUACGGGAAUUUAUAUGGAAUUGGUUUUUACAUUAGUUUGUCUUAUGACAAUAUGCAUUUUGGUGAAUCCAUGCCCAUUGUCAUUUUCAAUGAUGUCUGUUACACCUGUAGUGCGUCAACGUUGGAAUGUAACAUUACGAGAACAUGUGAGGAUUCAUCGUCAAGUCAAAACAUCAAUAUUAAAAAAGAGAAGGAAGGAAAUGAUAUUUCUCUAGCUUUGAUCACAGCUCUAUGUAUUGUUUCUGUCAUCAUCCUUGCGGUUGUAUGUGUUUUACUUUAUCUAAAGAUUAGAACGACUACCUGUUUAAGCCCAAAAAAUGACAUAAAAAGCCCAUCAUCCAAGUGUGGAGAGUGUUCCCCACAUCUUACCGAGACCACGAACACAGACAGCAUCACUUCCCAGCCUCCUAACUAUGAAUCCCUCAGCCCCAGCAGUUUUAUAACAACAUAGGUUUGCGGGCCGGGCACCUUGAUACCAAUCAUUGUUAAAAAAGUUCACCGGUAGUUGAAAAAUAAUCGUAAUCACAUAUGACUUGCAAUGGAAAGUGGUUUUUCUGCUAAGAAGUGAUUUUUUCUAUGUUAAGCAUUGACAUAUUGUACAAAGUUAAAAAAGGAUUUUUUAUGUCUUUUACAGGAAAUUUUAUCUAAAAAAAUUUUAAUUAUAAAAAGCUCGAUGUAAUGGUUUUUAUACUUUAUAAGUAAAUUAUAUUAUUCAUUGUGACGUCAACAGAAAUAAGUGUAUACUUAUUUUUGAUAGAUAUUUAGAAAUAGUAUGAAUAAAUGUUAUCAUGUAUUAAUAUAAAAAUAAUUGUACUAUCAACAUUAUUUGUAUAAUAGCUUGUGUGUUUGAUACCUUUGUCGAUAGAAAUAUCAUUGUAAUUUUGUUUAAUCUAAAUACAUGUAUGUUUAUUUUGUAGUGUUUAAAUCAAUCAACAUUGUAUGAAACGGUUGUGUUAUAUAAUGAUUAAUUGUCGUAUGAUAAACACUAGCAAUGUUAAUAUCAACAAUAUGAUAUUCAUAACGUAUUUCUUAGCUGUAAAUGGUACCAGUAUUGUAGAAAGAAUAACCUUUUAUUACAUGAUUUUAUUUUGAAAAGGAAGAAUUAAUUAUUUUUUUCUAUAUAAGAAAUCAGUGGGUUUUUUUUAUAGUUUAUUUUUAGACGGUGGCUAUAAAUAGCCACGGUCUAUUGCUACGGUCCUGACCGGAAGAGUAUUUCUCACAGGGACCCUAGCGGAUAAGGAACGAUAACUCUGUUCGGUAUGCAGUGUACGUUACACGCAAUGUUUUAUCUAUAUGUCGAUUUCAGUAUGAGAACUAAUUUUAAUGUUAUCGGAUAUUUUAAGCAUUAUAGCUGCUAAUCAUUUUGUACCUAAAUUUAAAUAAUCUCACAAUAAUCGCUUCUUGUUUUUUUUUUAAUGAUGUAAACAAUUGUCAGAAACACACUGUUUAAACAGGUUUGCCAUUUCAUAUUUCAGUAAUUAUGCUUCAUCGAUAAAUUCAGUCAUUUUCAACGCAUUAAUUUUAGUUGAGGCAGAAUAUUUAUUUGUUAUUGUAGCUUAUUCUAAAGAAUUCACUACAGAUACUGACAAUGAAUAUUACAUAAAAUACAUUUUAUUGAACUUAAACCGAUCAAUGGCACACUUUCUUCUACAAGUGUGCAUGUGUUUUAAACAUACAAAAAACUAGCUGCAGGACUGUAGCUCUCGGUCUGAAAAAAUUCGGAUGGACGACCUGGGAGCUACAGUGCCUCCCAUAGUAAAAAACUGCAGUUUACUGCGCACAAAAAAGCGCUAGUUUUGGACUGAUUAAUCUCAUUUACGAACACAUUCUGUACAAAUAUUUGAUCCCAAAAAAUUCUUUGGACAUUUUACUACAGAUAUCGUCACUUCACUUGCUUCUGAUAGCCUUUUAAACACCAUCACCAGCCCUGUUAAUUAAAGUGGUGCAAGUUUGUUUACAUUUAAAAAUGGCGACUCUCGAUCUCGACGUAAAUUAACAUACUUCAUUUUCCGAGGUCGGUUAUCAUGUUUAGGAGAAAAUCUGAGGCAAGUAAAGUGACGAUAUCAGUAGUAAAUUUGCUAAAGAAAUUAAUGGUACUAAUUAUUUUUACAGAAUUUGUGUAAAAAUAAGGUUAAUAAGUCCAAAACUAGCGCAAAUUUUUGUGCGCCGUGAAUUGCAGUUUUUUACUAUGGGAGGCACUGUAGCUCCCAGGUCGUCCAUCCGAAAUUUUUUCAGACCGGGAGCUACAGUCCUGCAUGCAGCUAACAAAAAACUUGAAAUUUACGAUAAAAAUGUGUUUAAUUUUGGACUGACCUGUGAUUUACUUAAUUUUGUAACCCACUCAGUCUAUAGGAACAUUAAUUUUAUAACAUUUACUACUGAUGUUGACGCUUUACUUGCUGCUGACUUUCUCUCAAACACGCUAAUCGAUCGGCCUCGGAUUGUAAAAUUCACGUGCAAAUCAAGUCGUCAUUUUACAAUUUUACAUGUAUACAUGAAUAAACAAACCACAUUUUACGAUGUUUCAAAGAUUUUCAGUUCAGAUUUUUUUGUAAGCAAAUAAGGGAUUAAAGACAUGCUGUAAAACGUCUUAUGGAUUUCUCGGCGUGUCAGCUCGUUUAUCUCUAAUUUGCAGCAAACGCUAGCUUUUUGUGAGAAAAAACAAUCGGUUCAACUCAUGCAAUAUUCCAUUUACAUUUAUGGUACGUUGUGAACGGUAAUGUAAGAUACAAUAAUUUUGUUCACUUAUUAACAGUUUCUGAUGAAUUGUUCACAAUAAACUGAAUAACGCAAUUCGAUGAGCGAAGUACAAUUCGGACUUUAAUCCAUAUGCACCGUCUCUGCUAUUCGAGAACCUUUUCUUUGGUUUUGGGGGGAUUUUGUCGCUAAUAGAUAACAUGUUUUACACAUGUACGUAAAUAUCGCCCCUUUUGUUCUCAAAUAAUUUUUAACUCGCGAGUACAACUCUAUUAUGAGCUAUCUUAGACAUUUGUUUCCAUUUACAAAUAGGCGGGCCUAUAUAAAUGCGUCAGUUUGCAAUCGAAAUACACACCUGUCAUCACUCAACGAAAUGCUACAUCGGCCGUAGCGUAUACAUCCAUGCUAUAUUUGCGAUAAAUAAUGAAACAUGAAGGUAAAAAAUGUGCUUCAUAGAUGACUGUAGUAUUCUACUGAGCUACAGAACUAUAUAGCUUUCCGAAAAUAUUGCCGGGAUUUGCAAACCCUAGAUCUAUUGUAUAAUACAUGCAAAGAAUAAAAUGAAAUUUAUUUACACAGCUGUUCGGUCAGAAAAACAUGCGUUCAACUUGAAUUUUGUUUGUUUGGUGUUUUUAAAAACUAAUUUUGAAUAAUUAAUCAAUAUUUAUUAUAAGUUUACUAGAAAAGUUUCAUGUAGCAAGUAAAUCAUGCGUGUUAAGUGUACUGAGAAGCGAUAAAAUAUACAUGUGACUUUCCCAAAUUCAUUCAAAUAAUUUGAAUAAAUCUAUAGCUAAAUACAAUAAGACAAAUGUACUUUAAAACGUGGAUUAAUGAAACUGCCGCGACUGAAUAUUGUAUGAUAUUUUAUUUUUAAAAUUUUUAUUCACUUUCGUUGCGAGCAAAUGGAAAUAAUCCACUUAAGUCGAAGAUAAAAUAUUAAUUGACUCUUCUGUUUCAUGAUGACGUGCAUUCCAAAAGCAAUACCAGUUUUCUCAAACAGGUUCUUGUAAACCAUUCUGUUUUCUGUACACCUAAAUUUAUUAACUGACUAUGAUGACAAAGCAAGUGUGAUGCAUAUGGUCCACAAGCAAGUGUGAUGAUGCAACUUUUUCCCCGUGAAGAAAUUGAGGGAAAAUGCUGUCGAGAGGAACAAUAACCGUACUACAUGUAUACCCAAAUAGUUAGUAAAAACCUGAUAAGUAUUUUAUCAUACCAAAGCUUUAUUUGUUCUCGUUACUUUGAGAAAUCUACAAUAUCUUUAAAGCACAAUAGUCCAAUCCACAAUUUUCAAAAGGUGUUCCCCUUUGCGGGAUCAACCCAAAGGUCAAAAGGAAAAAAACCCAAAAAUUCCCCUUCUUUAUACAAUCAAAUAUUUGGGCGUACUGUGAUGAAAUAGCUUUGGAUUGGAAUUAUUCAUUUAAUAUGUGGUGGCAACCCACAUAUUUAAUGAGUCAUUUUGGGGCAAUCAAAAUACGUACAUGUAGUACAUGUAUAACCGAAAACGGAGUUUUAAUGUCAACUGAUAUAGAUACAAACAUAUAGAUACAAACAUAUAGAUACAAACUUCUAUACUACAAAGGCUAUUAUGAUAAAUCUAUCGGUUCUCCCCAAAAGAUGACGAUAAAGAGACACAACAUUUGUAAAGUGUGGAUUGUGAUCACAACUACGAUUUACACAGAAUUAUCCAUGUAGGUAACUCACGACCAGUUGUGCGAGUAAGCGUUAGGUAUUAGUACACGUAUGAGAUGCUGGCUGUGGAUUUUCGACAACAAUAAUUAUCAUACAUGUAAUAUGCCACUUUCAAACGGCGCCACCGUCUAACAGUACUUUCAGUACUUUGAUUCAUAUCUUUACGAUCAAAUUGACUUAAGUCUGAUUUUUGAAAUAGAAAUAUCGCUGAAAUGGGGUGAAGACAUUACACUUUUACAGAAAAGCAGCUUGAAAUUUUCUUUUGCACUGGGCUGGUAUUGGGACUUAUCGCCCAUGCUCUUAAAAAUAUUUCAAAAUCAAUUCUCUGUUACAAUGAUUAUAGGGUUCCUAGCAUGCAAAAUCAGCGCUGAUACACAUUAAUACAAAGAGUGUCGAAGUAGAGCAAAUUUGUUUCUAAUUAUGAUAAUAUGUCACCAUGGCAUUGCAUAGCAAAGAUGACAAAUAAUAAAAGAUAUGCAAUUCUAAAGUGUUAUGCAUACCAUAGAAGAUAUAUUAAGAAAAAUAUCAAGCUAUAUAUAAAAGGAAAGGAACCC